CUUUCUUGGAGUUGGAGAAGUCUCGAGAGCCGGACCUGGAUCGGGAUGUAGAUCGAGACCUGGAUCAAGAACUGGGACAGGCCCCACCUAGCGGUGUAGAGUCCUCGCGGUCCGUGCUGAACCAGCGUCUCUUGAAUAUGCCAGCAGUUUGUGGUGUGCUGUGUUGGUGCGACAGCCACGACCAGCCCUUUUGAGGGACGCGUUUGAGUUUUUUGGUGCACUUCCAUGUCGCCGUGGGAUGGCGUCCGCCACACAGGGCACAUUCCGGAUCGCAAGUGUGGUCCUCAGGAAAGCGGACUUCGAGGCAGCGGCAAUGACACCUAGAAAGCCUUACACUCAACUCAUUGAUGGCUUACCCCGAGAUCCUAAUUACGACGCCGAGUUAUUCCGGUCCAGCAUGAAUUUCCGGGCUGAGAGUGGGGACUUGGUCUUGCACACCUACCCGAAGAGUGGUACGCACCUGCUGCUGUACAUCACGCAGUGCAUUCUUAACAAAGGCGAAGGAGCCCGCACCUACGAAGAAUUUGCACAGAACACGCGAUUGCUAGGAGGCAUGGAUUUCGCCGACUGGCGACCAUCUCUUCCCCUGCGCCUUUUCUCGACUCACCUACCACCCCAAAGGAGCAACAUUAAUGCGCGGGCGAAAUACGUCUACUUGGCUCGGAACCCGUGGGACGUUUGCGUUUCCCUCUUUCACAUGGUAACGGACUUUAGCACGUACCGGUUUCAAGACGGCACGUUCGAUGAGUUCUUCGACGAUUUUCUGGAAGGUGACGCUGCUGGUCAUGGCUGUUACUUCGACCACGUGGCGUCCGGGCACGCCCUGAGGCAGGAACCAAACGUCCUGUUUGUCACCUACGAGGAACUCCUCAGAGACACUCGGGCGGUUGUCAUGACGCUGGCUCGGUUUCUUGGCGAAGAAUAUGCUGCAGAUUUACAAGCUAAUGACUCCAUAUUUCAAAAGAUUCUCGCAAGUUCCACCCCGGAUAAUAUGAGACGCAUCCUCGUUCUCGAUUUCAGCAGACCGUCAAGUGCAUUGUUUACAGGCGAGUCGCGUCACGGAAAGGUGAAAUUCAAGGUCGGUUACGAAAGUGACUCGCAGAAGUACAGUUUCGUGAGGAAAGGCGCUAUCGGAAGUUGGAAAGAUCAUUUUUCUCCGGACCAGUUGCGUCGAAUGGAGUCUGCGAUACAGCAGGUCGAAAAGAAAACGUCUGUAAUGGAGCUCUGGAGGGACGCAAGAAAAGAAGCUAUCGCAGUCGCUGAAACCGACAAAAGAGAAAAAUUGCAAUCUGAAGGGGAUCGUGUUGAAUAAGUUGGAUGUCAUGGUUCAAAAUCUACACGCACAAAUACCUGAAUGCAACCAACAGUAUACAUAACUCAUUGCAGAUAUAUUAGCGUAGUUGUGUUUAAAGUCGAACUCAGCAAUUAAUGUCUCUGUUUGUGAUCUUUUGUCUGGAUCUGUUCCCGAGUAAGACCCCGUUGGUGAAUUUUAGAGUGUAUAAUUACUUUAGAUUGUUUAUGUAGGCCAAGGCAUAAAGACACGGACCGGCCAGCUUGUCGAAGUAAGAAACGUAAAUAUACGUGUAAUCUAAAAAACGUUGAGCAGAAAAACAUAAAAAUCAAUAAAAAUAAACGUAACAAAGCCACUGCCUAGGUCUGUUAAUGCUAUGCCACCAGCUUUAAACAUGGUCAGCCUUCUCACAAGCAAAUUACACCAAGCACCCGGCACGAAGCACACGUGCGCCUGCCUUGGCUGCUUCGCCCUACAUCCAUCGUGGAUGUUCGCACAUUUCUCCAAUCUUGUCAGAAGACACGCAACUAUUCUGAAGAUAUUUAUACCACGUACACCAAUACUUUCUCCUCACACCAGUGGUAAAAAGUUACAAGGCAUGCUUGUAAAUUUUAAUAAAUCAGGCUUGAUUUCCAGUUACGGCAGUAAGCCAUCCUUUCUCUUCUAAUGACAGUCAGAACCACCACGUAGCGCUCAUUGCUGUACGCAUACCUUGAAGUAGCAUGGAGUAUUUAGUGUGCUUGUAUACAAUUGUAGGGAAGUUGGCACGACUCUUCUAAAUCAUGUUCCUUGAAAUAAACUAUGAUAUUUAUUAUGUGUUUGGAUAACCUAUAUAAUAUAUGUCUCACCAGUGAUACUUGGUUUCCUUGUAUUACUGAGGAGCUUGCAAUUAUAAUACCUUAAUUAUCAGAAUUCCAAUUUUUGCCGUGACUAUAUAUAGUUUCAAAGGCUUGGAAUGAGGUUUCGCCAUGCCAAUGCGAGUAUGUGCCAUGGUGGGAAAAAGAAUAGGGCUGUUUGGCUGCUCGUGCUCUAACGUUCGGUAUGGCUCGACGUCCAGUGCAGCUGCUGCCGUGAACAAACGUUGUGGUUGUUCAGCAAUCACGUGACAUUUUCUGGUGGAGGUGCGGGGUAAACUUACUGCUUUGCGUCCACCUGCAAAAUCAAGCAGACCCCAACCGUGAAGCACCACAUUAUAACGCACCCUACCGAACGUCCUAUAUGGCAGCACGUCUACCACGUGUCACUAAAACAACAAGAUGCAAUACGUUUUCAGGUGAAACAGGUGCUCGACGACGACGUCAUCCAACCCUCGAACAGUCCAUGGGCUUCACCCGUCGUACUUGUUAAAAAGAAAGACG